CGGCCGGGCCGCGGCAGCCCCGGCGCAGCGGUGGCGGCUCCCGGCCCCGGGGUUAUGCGCAGGGGCGAUGUUUCUGCCGGCUGGCGCUAGGCUCCUCCCGCGCUCCGGACGGAGCUCCUUCCUCAGCCUCCUCCUCCUGCUGCUGCUGUGCCCCGGCGGCGGGAGCUUACCGCGCCGCCGGCCCGCGGGGCCGCCCGUGGUGCUGGUUCCAGGGGACUUAGGUAAUCAGUUGGAAGCAAAGUUAGAUAAGCCAUCAGUGGUGCACUAUCUCUGCUCUAAGAAGACAGACAGUUAUUUUACACUCUGGCUGAAUCUAGAAUUGCUUCUGCCUGUCAUCAUUGACUGCUGGAUUGAUAAUAUCAGGCUGGUAUAUAAUCGAACAAGUAAGAUUACAGAACCACCAGAUGGAGUGGAUAUCAGAGUGCCAGGAUUUGGGCAAACGUUUUCCUUGGAAUUUCUUGACCCAAGUAAAAGGAGUGUUGGAAGUUACUUUUAUAUGUUGGUGCAGAGUUUAGUAGACUGGGGCUACAAACGUGAUGAAGAUGUAAGAGGAGCACCUUAUGACUGGAGAAAGGCACCAAAUGAGAAUGAAGACUAUUUUGUGGCACUUCGCAAGAUGAUCGAGUUACUGUAUGAGCAAUAUGGAAGCCCUGUAGUCCUGAUUGCCCACAGUAUGGGGAAUUUGUACACCCUGUACUUCCUCAACCGCCAGCCCCAGGAUUGGAAAGACAAGUACAUCAAGGAUUAUGUGUCAUUAGGUGCUCCAUGGGGAGGAGUGGCCAAAACUCUCCGUGUGCUGGCUUCGGGUGACAACAACAGAAUCCCUGUUAUCAGUUCCCUCAAGAUCAGAGACCAGCAGAGAUCAGCAGUUUCCACGAAUUGGCUGCUGCCCUACAACUACACGUGGCCUCCAGACAAGGUGUUUGUGAGCACCCCCACAGCUAACUACACGCUCCGGGAUUACUGGAGGUUCUACAGGGACAUCAGCUUUGAGGAUGGCUGGCUCAUGAGGCAGAACACGGAGCACCUGGUGUACCCCAUGACCCCGCCCGGGGUGCGCAUCCACUGCCUGUACGGCACUGGCGUGGACACCCCCGAUUCUUUCCAUUAUGAAAACUUUCCUGACAAAGAACCCAAGAUUUUCUACAGCGAUGGGGAUGGUACGGUGAACUUACAGAGUGCCUUGCAAUGCAGAAAGUGGGUGGACGUGCAAAAACAGGAAGUGGUGAUGUUUGAGCUUCCAGGAAACGAGCACAUUGAAAUGCUGUCCAAUGAUACUACUAUCUCCUAUGUGAAAAAGCUGCUCUUUGAUUUGUGAUAACCUUGUGUUGGUAGUUACUUUCCUCACCUGUGAUGCCUUCCCUUAAAUAUGGAUAAAUGCCUUUUAAUCCGUUGAUAUGUAGAUGUUUGAAUUAUUUAUUUUGCCUUUUUAAAAGGUUGUGUUCAAGUUGCUUGGUGUUCUAAAUGAUCGUUUGUCUCUAAUUUGUGUUUCUGAUGCUUCAUGGUAUUUUCACAUUCUGCAAAUUUUGUCAAAUAUGCAUUUUGGUUUCUCUGGUGUGUCCAAUGGUCAUACAGACUUUAAUCUGGAGAUUGUGCAGCCCCUUGCACAUACCACAUGGAGUCAUAGAUCCCAGAGUUCCUUUGUGUGCUCUUUGCAAGUUUGGAGUGGAAGGGUAGGAAGGACAACAAUUUUGGAUGCCCAAGGGAAGGGUGUUAACAAUUUGGCAAACACAGUAAGCUCUUUAAAGGGUCUUGCAUAUUCUGAUCCACAGUUCCCAAUGGAAUAGUUUGUAAAUGUGCAUAUCUACUAGGUAAAACAGGGAAGAGGUCUGCCUGGAGCUGUGCUACCAUUGUUGUAAUCCAGACUUUUAUUUAUUACAGCCUGGGGGGGGGGCAAAAAACAGAUGUGUGAACUACUUGGAGCUUCUUUAUUAGGUGCCCUGUUGGGUUAUUUUAGAAAGAAGAAAUUGUUUGCUCAUCAACUUCUAGAAUCCCUGACCACAUUCAGUCUGGGGCCUGAGGAAUUCUCAGCCUGUGCUUUAUUUCUCAGUGAGAGAAUGAAGCUAAACUGUGGUUGGUGCUUGUAAUAACUGUAGCACUGUGGAGUGUAGCAUACAAAUCAAAGCUAAUUGAAUAGUGGCAAACAAUCUAUAACACAUGGAAUUGCAUUUUGGGAUGGAAAACAAUCUCCUGUAGUGAAAAUGAUAAUGGAUGGUGGGUGGUAUUUAAAGAAAAGUGAACUUCUGAAAUGGAGUGGGGAAUGGAAGCCAGCAUAAUAUAUGGAGUAUAAACCUUGUUCUCAGUCAAAUACUUUGGCUCUGAUCCGGUUACCUGACUAGUGAUUAGAUCAACAUUGCAUUCCACUGAAAAGAAUUUUUUUGCUUUAGGACUCAAAGUAAUUUCCCAUGGAUUACACGUUUCAUUUUUUACUGCUUCAAGUAGUUGGGACACAUGGUUCUUUAAAUGUUUCUAUAAAUUGCUGAACAUGCAAUUCUGUAGUUUCCUACAGUGUUGUUCUACUCAAUGUUAAAAUAGUAAUUUCAGCUCUGACCUCCACAGAAGUGCUGACCUAAAGACACCUUGAUUUAUUUACCACCUUGAUUAUAGCAGUCCUGUUAGAGAAAUAGUUAUACUCAAAAAUUCUCUUGCUUCCUUUAAAAUCAGUCACCCAGUUAAACUGCACUUAGUUUUCUGAAAACACAGCUUUGAAUGCUUUCAAAAUGCUAGGUUCUCCAAGAAAAAUAUUAUAAGAGUUUCAGAAACUCAUCAAAUUAAGGAUUCAUUACUUAAGAAAUUGAAUUUGUCUAAAGGCUGAAGUUUUAACUAUUUUGGUAGCAUGCCUAAAAUGUUUUCUGCCAUUGGACAUACCAAUAAGAUGGUUGAACUGAUGGGCUUGAACUCUUGCUAUUGUAGAAUGGAACCAGGAGGUAGUUUUAAGGCUUUAGUUUUAAUUCGGAAAUCUCUUGUUAAUACAAAACAAUCUGAACUAGGGCCAUGAACAAGCUAAAUAUCUGACUAGGUUUAACUUCCUUAUGUAGCUUUAUUUCCCCCUCUGUACUUUUUCUUAGUGCUUAUGUUGAGGGAGUGUAGACAUUUUCCUGAUUUUUAAAAUGCAUCAUUGAUCUUGUCCUCACUUGCCCAGGACUUCACAGUCCAGCAGCAAUAUUGCCUAGACUUUUCCAAGUACUGAGUUGCCCACAGCCUUUGUAAUGUGAAAUUGUUGAAAUGAAAAAAAAUAAAACAAGCCCACAACUGAUUCCCCCCCCAAAAUAAGAAACCCUACAACAACAAAAGAAGUUGCCCUUUAGUCAAGUGAUCUAUUUUAUGCAGGGCUUGUCAGCUGGAUAAGCUUCAGGCUUGUGUUCCAAGACUGCUCAAAGAUGAUAAAGCUCUUCCUUGGUCUGACUCAAUUUUUGAAUAAAUGGCUAUUUGAAUAAAUUGCAGAAAACAGCUAAUCACAAUCUGUAUUUCUUGCUGAAGGAGAAUGCUUGUUAAUAAGCACUGGAUUGAGUGGAGCUGGAGGCUGUAUUGCAGGAUACCAACAUAGACAUCAAGGGCUGAAAAAGGAGAAAGCAAUGUAGGUAAACAAUUCUUAACCUGAUUGGAGAAUGUUUGUAAGAUUCAUUUGGAUCCUUACCUAUUAAUCAGUAGCAUUUUUAGUCUCAUAGCAAGAACUUAGCUGCAGGGGUUUUUGUGAUUUGAAGUUUCAAAAUACAUGAUUCAAAAAAUACUUGUUCUUUUUCCUCUUUUUCUUUAGUACUUUUUAAAUACACUUUUUGUGACCCAAAAGAGGGAAAAAAAAGUACAACUCUUUUAUUCUUUUCUAAUUUUGGCAACCUAGUACUGUGUUUCUGAGAUUAGUUGGCUGUAUCUUUUAACCUGAAGAUUUCUAAACCAGUUUUCUGUUGGUAGACAAGCCCUAGAGUGUCUCCUUAAACUUGCCAUAGUUAAUGUGGUAAAAUGAAGCUGAAGGUUUUCCAAGGCUUUUACUUGUUUGUUCUCUUUGUCCCUAUAAAGCAUUGUUGUACUGUUGUAAAGAAAUGUGUGUAGCUAAGUACUGUGUGAGAGCAAGCACAACGCCUCUGGUGUUCUUUGAUUGGAUGUGGUGCAUCUUCAGGCUGUAGUUUCAUGUCCAGAAAGUGUGGGGGGUUUUUUGUUGUUUUGUUCCCCUACAAAAUGCUCUUCAGCCCUUUCAUUUGCAGUUUCUUGCGUGUUAGGAUGCAGCUCUCAUUGAAGAGGGGCUGCAUUAUUCCAGUUGCUGAAAUGAAGCACUGCACUCUGUGCGUGAGGAGUGGCUGCUGCCUGCAGCAGAUCCUCUGCAGGGACAGCACUGAGCAUUGCUGUUACAGACCUGCUGCAGCCACAGGCAUUGAGCUGUCUUGAUUCUCGUGGGGAGAGAGGUUGGAAAAAGUCUUUAAGGAGAAUGUGGCACUUUGAUAAGAGGAUUAACUCAGGUGCUUUGCCAUGCUGCACAGCUGAAAUGUCUGAAUUCACUAAUGUCUCUUUGUUAUAUCUAAAGCAUUAAUUAUUGUCUCUUUCCAUAAUUUUUACUUAGUUUUAUUCUUCCAGGAUAUUUUUGGAAACCAAACCUAGUCUUGAGGACCAAAUGUGUUUCUUAUUUUUGACAAUGUUUAUAGAAAAUGCUGAAGAAGCUUUCAGCUGUCAUUGUAGUACUUCUGAAGAGGCUCAGAGUCACUAUGUGAUUCUGUAUAAAAGCAAAGCUUCAAUAACUAGCAAUAAUUGCAAAGGAUUUGCAGACCAAAGGAAGAAUGUUUGGUAUUAAGGUAGUUCUUGGAGCACAGUGUGUUCAAGGCCCUCUUAAAUUCAGGGAAUGUUUGGCAGUGACUUUGCUGCUCUACACUAAUCAGUAUUUUGUACAGAACAUAUUCUGAGGCCUGGCAUUUUAUAUGUUCUUGUGUAUGAAUCUUGUGUUCAAUAGAUUUUGAAUAUUUUAUUGUCAAAUUUGAUAAUAUAAUAAAGUUGAUCUAAUACA